CCUUCACACACCGCUGCCUGCUGCUGUCUACAGCGCGCUGGUAUCUUGCGCGCCUGUCAUGAACUGAGCUGGGCUUGCAAUGAAGUGGAUGCAUUUUUAGUUUGCGGAGUAGUUAUUUAUUAAUCCAUGUGACCAAACUUGUGAAGAGAAAAGAGUGCAGAAAAGAGCGAAAAACAGAUUAACAGCAUGAAUGAGCCCGAGGGACUGCGCUUCAGAAGGUUAAACAGACCUCAAAUUAUCACAGACGAAACCCAUGAACCCCAGCCAAAAAACACAAGCACGUACAGUGGGAAGGUGUUUCGUGUGACAUUACUCACGCUGGUGGCCUUCCUGCUCUUCCCAUUGCUCGUGGUGGUUUUCCUGUUAGAGUCUCCCAUUGAUCCAGAGGCAUUCAGUCUGAAUGAACCUCCUCUUAUGACCGGCUGUUACGAGCCCAACCUGAAACUGAGACAAGCAGAGCGACUGUUUGAGGAUCGACUUAUCGGCCCAGAAUCCAUUGCUAACAUCGGAGAUGUUUUGUACACUGGCACUGCUGAUGGAAAGAUUGUGAAAAUCGAAGGCCAGAAAUUUCAUGUGCUAACAACACUUGGCAAGCCACCAUGUGGUUCUCAUGAACAUGAGCACAUCUGUGGACGUCCCUUGGGAAUUCGCGUUGGACCCAAUGGCACCUUGUUUGUGGCUGAUGCUUAUUUAGGAUUGUUUGAAGUCAAUCCUGUCACGGGUGAGGCAAAAUCUCUGGUGAGCACAGGGACGUUGAUCGGAGGCCGACGUCUGGCUUUUGUAAAUGAUCUGGACGUCACGCAGGAUGGGAGGAAGGUGUACUUCACAGACUCCAGCAGCAAAUGGCACCGCAGAGAUUUCAUGUACCUGAUCAUGGAAGCCACAGCAGAUGGACGUGUGUUGGAGUAUGAUACAGAGACCAAAGAAGUUACAGUAAUGAUGGAGAACCUACGCUUCCCCAACGGCAUCCAGCUGUUUCCUGAUGAGGAAUCUGUUCUGGUGGCUGAAACCACCAUGGCAAGAAUAAAAAGAGUCCAUGUGUCUGGUCUCAACAAAGGGGGAAUGGAUACAUUCAUCGAGAACCUGCCAGGAUUUCCUGACAACAUCCGACGCAGUUCUUCAGGUGGCUAUUGGGUGGCCAUGUCUGCUGUUCGACCCAACCCAGGCUUCUCCAUGCUUGACUUUCUAUCUCAGAGACCCUGGAUGAAAAAACUUAUAUUAAAGCUUUUCAGUCAAGCCACGCUGUUGAAGUUUGUGCCGCGCUACAGUCUGGUUGUGGAGCUGCAGGACGCCGGCACAUGCGUGCGGAGCUUUCACGACCCGCACGGCAUGGUGGCCGCUUACAUCAGCGAAGCCCACGAACACAACGGUCACCUGUACCUGGGUUCCUUCCGCUCACCUUAUCUGUGCAAGCUGGAUCUGAGCAAAGUGUGAAAGGAGCCGACACAAAACGGACAGAUUCAUCUUCUCGAGUCAUUUCAUCCUGACUUCCAAACCGAUUUUGAUGCAAUUAACAUUGACGACGCUUUAACGGCAGGAUUUGUUAACUUCUUCCAUACUACAUUCAACAAAUGAACAAACCACUGUGUUAAUUUUUUUAUUUAGCUCUGAAAUAUGUUUAAAUGAUGUGUUUUUGUGUUAGCUAUUAUACGCUGUGUGGCUGCCUGGUUUUUAAUCGAAAGAUGUGCCAUUACUGUUUUUGUUUCCCACUUAAGUGAAGUAUGCAGUUUCUGUACUUGUUUUAUUUGCACACUAUUAUCUGGCACUUAAAACAGAGCUGCAAAUGUGAUACAGAAAAUGAGAUUAGAGAGACUCUUAAUACUUUUUGUGGCUGCCUGUAUAUAGAGAUGGGGAACUGAAAGAGAGUUUAUUAUAAAAUGAAUCUACUCCAGCAUUAUAUAAGAUUCAAUGUGAUAAAUGCGUGAAUGACUUAACCUAUUCCUCUUUUUAUUUUUAUGUGUUGUCAUUAUUUAACGCAUGAUUUGUUUAUGUUGCUACAGGAGAUUUGCAUAACUGCAAUCUGAUGGAGGCUGGUGAUUUAGUAUUUACAGGGUU